GAAAAUUUCUGGCUAUGGAUUAAUUUGAAGUUUUUAACAUUGGAGUGACCUCAGAACUCAGAGGAAGCUCACAAAAAUGGCUUCUCUGUUGUCUUCUUCACAAUGUUCCGUCUUCUUCACCGCAAACCCUAAACUGCCACUCCUUUCCCCUCUUCCAUCGUUUCUCUCCUUCACUCCCUCGCACAAAGAAUCUACACCCUUCAGAUUCCCCUCCCUUCGCCUGAGCUCCUCCCUCUCCGACGACGCCUCUACCGGCACCGACGAUGCCGCCGGUCCUCGCGCGAACAUCUCCGAUGAGUGGGGCGAAGAAGCCGAGCCGGAUCCUGACUCUUCGUUCACCAGAUUCUCGGAGUUCGAUCCGCCGAAGGAUGAUGACGAGUGGGGCGGAGAUGGCUAUUCCGGCGAAGGUAACGGCAGAGCUUCCGCGGUUGAGGAUAAGAGCGGGGAGUCGGUGGAUGAUAAACUUCUUGAGCUGAAGAGAUGUUUGGUUGAUACGGUUUACGGGACUGAGUUUGGAUUUAGGGCUGGAGUGGAGGAAAGGGCUGAGGUUUUGGAGAUUGUGAACCAGUUGGAGGCGGCGAAUCCCACUCCGGCGCCGGUGGAGGCCCCUGAGCUUCUUGAUGGCAACUGGAUUUUACUAUACACUGCAUUUUCCGAGCUGCUGCCACUUCUGGCAUUAGGAACACUCCCAUUGGUGAAAGUGGAGAAGAUAACCCAAGAAAUUGACUCAAAUACGCUUACCAUUGUGAACUCUACCACAUUGUCCAGCCCGUUCACCACAUUUUCUUUCAGUGCAUCUGCUGCUUUCGAAGUUCGCACUCCUUCAAGGAUUCAGGUUCAAUUCAAAGAAGGUAUUCUGCAACCUCCUGAGAUAAAGUCAAGGCUUGAUCUACCCGAAAAUAUAGACAUAUUUGGACAGAGAGUUAAUUUAUCACCCGUGCAACAAACUCUUGAUCCCAUACAGCAAGCAAUAGCAAGUCUAUUCCAGGUCAUUUCGGGACAGCCUCCCCUCAAGAUACCCAUUCCAGGCGAUCGUAACAGGUCCUGGCUACUUACUACAUACCUUGAUCAAGAUCUUCGAAUCUCGAGAGGCGAUGGCGGUCUGUUUGUUCUUGUUAAGGAAGGGAGCACGCUACUAAAUCAGUGAAUAUCAGGUACUUUUCUGUACUAGUAGGAAAACGAGUCGAGUCUGGCAUGUAAUGCAUUAAUACUUAUAUGCUAACAUGCGAAGGGGGAUAGAAAAGAGAAGGAUAAAUUAGUGCUGGGGUGUUCAUUUUAAAAUUCUGUCUCUUUUUCCCUCCCAAUAAAUAUAUGAGCAUGGUCUGGACUUCUUUUGUCAGUAUGAAAUCUGAAUCUUUAGAAAUGCUGAAAUUUGUUCCUGCAGUAUUAA